AUAUGCUUGGAUUUAGAUCUAGGCCCAGAAUCUAGGCAUAUAGAUCUAGUACAGAAAAUCAUGUGCACAAUUUAAUCAUAUAUGUCAGCUAGCGCUUAUAAACCAGUAAUACCAGUGGUUAAUUAAAAUUAAGGCGCUUAAAAGUGUGUACGAAAAAACAACAACAUAGAAUCUAGUAAUCUGCAUAAGAGUCUAUUUAAAAAUGGGACGUUUGGAUGGGAAAGUUUUUGUACUGUCAGCAGCUGGCCAGGGCAUCGGUAAAGCAGUUGCUUUGAUGGCAGCCAAAGAAGGUGCUAAAGUAAUUGCUACUGAUGUAAAUGGUGAACUUCUGAAACAGUUAGAGGGUGUUCCUGGAAUUCAUACCCAAGUUCUUGACGUGCUGAAUAAACAGGAAAUUGAAAAGUUUGCCAAUUCACUUGACUCCGUUGAUGUUCUCUUCAACUGUGCAGGUUUUGUUCAUCAUGGCACUCUGUUAGACUGUGCUGAGAAAGACUGGGAUUUCUCCUUCAAUUUGAAUGUUAAAAGUGUUUACACAAUGUGUUCAUAUUUUGUUCCCAAGUUGAUAGCACAAGGUCGAGGUGGUAGUAUCAUUAAUAUGGCCUCAGUUGUUUCAAGUAUCAAAGGAGCACCAAAUAGAUUUGUGUAUGGUGCAACUAAGGCAGCAGUUAUUGGUCUGAAUAAAUCCUUGGCCGUGGACUUUGUACAACACAAAAUACGAUUCAACACUAUAUGUCCAGGUACAGUAGACACACCAUCAUUGCGGGACAGAAUGGCUGCCCAAGGUGAUCCUGAACAGGCUUAUAAAGAUUUCAUUGCAAGACAAAAACUGGGACGUCUGGGCACUCCAGAUGAAAUAGCUUAUUUGGUUGUCUACUUGGCAUCAGAUGAGUCUAAUUUUGUGACUGGUCAAGACUUUAUCAUUGAUGGAGGAUGGAGCAUUUAGUGCUUUGAGUUAAUCUAUAUGAUUCUAAAUCUUCACUAUCAUGGUACCCCUUCUGCUAGUCAUUUUAAAUCAUGCAUUCCACUUUCAAAGACAAGAUAAUGAGAUUUUGUAUAUUUAAAUAUUCUCUUUUUAUAUGCCAAGAUUUUUUUUUUGCUUUUCUCUAAAAUAUAUUUAAGAACUGUAACCAGAUUUUAAAAAUUUCAUUUUGUAUUAGACUUUUCAGCACAAAUCUUUUUGUUGUGUGUGUCAAUCUGUACAACUUACACAGAAUACUUUGGAAUUACUAGGAAAUAUUCCUUUUCUUUAAAGGUUAAAUUAAAAUAAUUUAAAAAAAUAUAUAUUUUAUAAAAUGGUGAAAUUUGAAUUUUAUUAUUAUUAUUAUUAUUUUUUUUUUUUUAAGAUGUAAUAUAAAUAAUUUUGCUGUAAGCUGUUUUCCUCAUGUAAACCUUAAGUGAUACUUUAAUGUAAGAAUCAUGAUAAUUAGUAAAUCUAUUAGUUAACAAUCAUGAUAAUCAUUGAAACUGCACUACUAUUUAUAAAAGAUAUGUUAUUUUUUAUUUUAUUUUCAAGCUUUAAAUUUGAUGACUUGUGUUUGAAUGUUUAAAAAUGUUUUAACAAGUAGUUUUUGCAUACUUACAUAUUUACAAGUAUAUUUAACAAUUAUUGUGUGUUUGUGCAAUUAAUUAUACAUUUACAUUUACUUGUUGAGGCAUUUAGUUUAUUUAAAAUAUCUGCACAAUAUAAUAAAUAAUGUAUUUAAAAAAAGUGCAGAUUAAAGAGCUUAUUCAUUUCUCGUUAUACAAAGAGUAGUGAUAUAAUCUUAUAUAAUAAUAUUUUUAACAGUUUAAUAUAAUAAAUAAUGUUUUGCACAUGUAUGGCUAUCAAUUUUAUUUUCUGCCUUUUGCUUUGUGAGUUCAAGUAGUUUGUCUGGCUCACCUAUGUUAUUAAUUUCUGCUUCAUGCAUUGCUAUGCAUACUACUUUUGUGCCUUUAGCAUUGUGUUCAUAAUAAGGUCAUUAUGACUCUAUUAACUUGCCUUACAAAUUGCACUUUUAGUUUAUUCUUGAAUUAACAAAACAAAUUUUUACAUCCUGUGAUAUUUUUCCUUUGUUCUGCUUACUUGAGUCAUUAUGUUCAGCCAUUUAAAAUUAUAUUUAAGCUAUAAAACCGCAAUUGGAACAGGACGCUCUUGUACUUGACAACCUCCUGAAUUAAAGAAAUGUUCAUGCAUAA